AUGAGAUGUUACAGACCUCGGUACAUAGGUCCAUUUGAGAUCUUGAAGCGGGUUGGGAAUGUUGCUUACCAGCUGGCUUUACCACCAGAACUUUCAGCAGUACAUGAUGUUUUUCACAUAUCAAUGCUUAGAAAAUAUGUCCCUGACCCAGCUCACGUAAUCAAGCAUCAACCAUUGGAUAUCCAACAAGAUCUGAAAUUUGAAGAGGCGCCAAUACGCAUUCUAGCUCAAGAGGUUCGGAAGCUUCGUAAUAAAGAAAUACCAUUGGUCAAGGUGUUAUGGCAACAUCACUCAGUCGAAGAAGCAACUUGGGAACGUGAGGAUGAGUUGCAGUCCAAAUACCCCCAACUGUUUGAUGACCUCAACUGA